CGCUGCGACUUGCUGGAGCUUCCUGCCGGAUAGUGCUCCCUAGCGACGGAUGGGGCGAGCGAAGUGAAUCAAUACGAGGAAAGUGAGCGCUUUGACCCCAAUAAAGCGCCUUGUCCUCACGAUGCGGCGAGAAGGCCCGUAGACCAUCGGCUCGCUAGGAACAGGCCCAGGCUUUGCUCCCAAACAUGGACAAGUCACAGGAGCCUCCGCAGCUGCCGGUGAGUUGGGAGUGUUGGUGCAUCGUGUUUCUCGAGCUUCUCGUUCACUUUUCGCUCAUCAUCAGGGGCGCUGGAGCGACUCUUUUGCAGGAGGUGGAUACGCUCGUGAGUGUCGUGAGCGAGCGAGGCGCCGCCCCCCCCUUGUGCACAAAUCCUAGUAGGCUCCUCCUUGCAGCGCUACACCUUGGAUUGGCUUCUUAUACCGUCGAGCUCUCGCCUCUCGCUCUUUUUCUCUCUCUCUCUCUCUCUCUGCAGGCCAAGAAAGCUCGACAUGACUUGGAUGUUGACGCAGAGGUGGACGUAAGGGAAUCUGUGGUGACCAGUGAGAGCAGCCCAUCGACCGAAGGCGACAUCAACUCAUACCCGACACCCGCUGGACCUCAGCUCAACACGGGCGACAGGGAGCCGUCAGGGAACCAGGUAUCCGAAGAACCUCUGGACUCCUACAUCAACACAGCUGUGUCCAGCAAAGGCCUCCCUCCGGCUGCAGGCGAUGUCUUUGCCCCCCAGACGUACCACGGUACCAAGUCCUACCCUCAUGUCCCCCCUCAGACUGGCAACCCUGCCAUCGCCUCCUUCCCUGCCUUGACGCAAUCGCCCACCUACUCCGCCUUCCCCCCAGCUGCUCAGAGCUACGGUCUCCCGCCCUUCGGUGCCAUGUGGCCGGGCAUCAAGACAGAGACAGGACUGGCUGAGGCGCCUUCUGUGGGUCAGACUGGGUUCCUCAGUUUCAGCGCACCCUAUACUUCAGCUCAGCCUGGCCAGCUGCACUACUCUUACCCUGGUCAAGGUGCCAGUUUCACAGCCUCCAGCGUGUACGCCAACAGUCCCGCUGGCACACUCGUCACCACAGCCUCUGUCACGCAGACACAUCAGGAAUACUCGAGCUACAGCCCGCUGGCCCACAGCCACUUCCCCCAGUUCUACAGCCCGCCCCCCACCUAUACGCCCACUAGUCUCUCGAGCAGCAGCAGCGGCGGUGACAGCGAAGGCGUCAGUGUGGCAGGGUACCCCUCCGGCAAAGCUGAGGGCAAUGCGGAGACCAGCAUCACAGAUUCCUCUGUUGCCGUGGCUCCUCCCGCAGGGAUGCGCGAGCGUGACGAGGGCGGUUGCCGGAACAGCAGUGGCAAGGCCAAGGCCAAGGCCAGGAAGUCCGAGAGCACGCUGCCAGUUGACAGCAACCUGGAGCGCAUCUUUCUGUGGGAUCUGGAUGAAACCAUCAUCAUCUUCCACUCGCUGCUCACUGGCACCUUCGCUCAGAAGUUUGGGAAGGACCAAACCACGGUGCUGAACCUCGGCCUGCAGAUGGAGGAGCUGAUUUUUGAGCUGGCGGACACACACCUGUUCUUUAAUGACCUGGAGGAAUGUGACCAGGUCCAUAUAGAAGAUGUGGCUUCUGAUGACAACGGGCAGGACCUCAGCAACUACAACUUUGCAGCAGACGGCUUCUCUGCCCACAGCGGCAGCUCAGGACAAGGAUCCGGUGGUGUGCAGGGCGGAGUGGAAUGGAUGCGCAAGCUGGCCUUCCGCUACCGGCGGCUGCGGGAGAUCUACAGCAGCUUCAAGAGUAACGUGGGCGGACUGCUGAAUCCUGUGAAGAGGGAACAGCUCCUGCGUCUCCAGGCCGACAUCGAGAGUGUGACUGACUCCUGGAUGAGCACCGCCCUCAAGUCCCUGCUGCUCAUCCAGUCCAGGGGCCGCUGCGUGAACAUCCUGGUCACAACCACACAGCUGGUCCCAGCCCUGGCCAAGGUGCUGCUGUAUGGCCUGGGAGAUGUGUUCCCCAUCGAAAACAUCUACAGCGCCACUAAAAUAGGAAAGGAGAGCUGCUUCGAACGCAUAGUGUCGCGCUUCGGGAAGAAGGUCACAUAUGUGGUCAUAGGGGAUGGACGCGACGAGGAGCUCGCUGCUAAGCAGGUGAGGUCUCCACACACGCAUCAGGCAGAAGAGUGGUCUGGCCCCUGGCUCCUCCUCUUCCACUUACUCCUCUUCCUGUCAUUACAGCACAACAUGCCUUUCUGGCGCAUCUCGACACACGGGGACCUUGUCUCCCUGCACCAAGCCUUGGAGUUGGAUUUCCUGUAGGCUGCGACGCUACUGCUGGGCCCCAGCAGGGUCAGGAACACCCCAGUCUUCCUGGGUUGACUGACACUCGAAACCAAUAGGCAGCAGAUCUGGGACUCAACUGGAAUGGGGUGGACAUCUCUCUCAACGGCAGCUAUCUGCUUUUCAGCCUGACCUGACGUGAUCCCCCUUGUGGCCGUAGGUCUGCUGUCACAACGGUUUGUUGGGUUUGAUUAGUUUUUCUUCGGGAUUGACCAAAAGUUCACACACUGCUCUGGAAUAUAGCUGUGUGUCUGUGUGUGUGCGUUUAAAGAAAAGGGGGAAAAAAAAAGAAAAAAAGGAUUUACUGAUGUGACAGCAUGCACCUGCAAACAACUUGUGUUGAUGGAAGGACGUUGGAAAAAAUAUCUAAUGACAAUUUUGUGUGACCUCAGUCCUGUCCAGCUGGUUGGUCUCUGGCAGGGAACAUGCCCAUUUCCAGGAAGACGCCCCAGUGCCUCAGAGCGGCAGUACCGCGGUACAGGCCAGGAGUCACUGUGUAGAGUGAAGUGUACUUGCGACUGGACCGCUGCAGUCCUGAGAGUGAUCAGAUGGACAACGAGGUGUUUCCCUGAGUUCGAAACCCCCCUCGGAGCACCUUUUGGGACGUUUCCAUGGCAAUGGCAAUGCCCCUGCCCCUCCCUCACACCAGGCCCCUCCAUUUUCCUGUUUUUCACAGAAAUGCGUUUCAUUUUGAAACGUCUGCUCUCCACAAUACGGGCACCUGAAUACUGCAACCCUCGCUCUGUACCUUCAGCACCCGUUGUGGUAAAUCCAUGUAAGAACAGUUUAAUCGUGUGAUAUGUUGGCUGUACACCGCCCGCCCCGAGUAGGCCACAAGUGCCGGGGUGGGGGCUGUCGCAGCCUGAGCCUGAGGAUGAUCCUUCUCUCCCACGCAAACAGGAACAGCUUGACAAUACCCAAUGUGUACCAUGUUUCUGCGCCUUUACUGCGUGUACUUCAUUGCUCUGUGUAUUGAUGUGUGUUUGUAAAUAUUUAUAGUGCCUUUACCCACCAUUAUAUACACACACCUAUAUAAUCGCCUCUAUAAGGGAUGUACUGUGUUACGUGUCAUGCGGAAGUAGCCCUCAGCUUUUUUUUUUUUUUUUUUUGGAAAAAUAUAUAUUGCAUCUAUUCCUCUGUACCCGUUGCUAUGGUGAUGCUUUCCUGCAGUGCGAUUGCCUUUGGUGUUCCCAGACCGACAGUGUGCUACAUUUGCCCGAUGGGGGCGUCCCAGCUCAGACUCCCCAGCACUGUUGUGAACUUCUCUUCCUCUCCUCUUGGCGGUUUUGAUGGCCGCGCGUCUCACCCCCCGCGGUGCUGAGAGCCACUUCGUUUUGCACAGACAAUCGAGGGCAGCAGGUUGGGCCCCUCCCACACAGAGGCUGCGUGCGCCCAUGUGUGUGUGUGUAGGGGUCAGUCAGUGUCCUCUGGCACGGAGAGGUGGGAGGGGUCCAGCAACACAUCCCUCAAAGAUGAACAAGUGUCUUUGUGUAACUGUACAUCUGUUCCAUUGAACCGUUGGGCAUCUUUCCACAUCACUUCACGAUGUACCAGCAGAAGGUCCCUUCAGCCCAGUGAUGGUCAGGGGCCCACGGUGCCCAUCUUUGAUCUUAAGGUGAGCAGGAGCGCUUCAGGUGGACAGAAAGGUCCUGCGGGAACACUAAGUGUGGACUCAGCCAUCCACGUUGGCAGUGUGUGUCCUGCAGCGUUGUCGACAUGUCUGUGUUCAGGCUGUCCUUCCUCGUUAAACACGUCAACUCCUGCAGAUGGAAGUGUCUCUGCUUGGAGCUGCACGUGACCAUAGGGAAUCUGUGGACUCUUUGUAGCGCUCUUGUGUUAAUUUUCUUUCUUUUUUUGAAAGUUUUUGUACUGGAAUGUUCUGCAGGGUUUGUGGAAUGAAAGAAAUCCAU